AAAAAAAAUACCAGAUAUACAAUACUAGAAACAGAAUUACCCAACAUACAAAUCUUAUUUUUUUAUGGACUAUCAAACCGGUCAUUGUUAUAUUGAUUAUUCAACUUAUCAAAUAAUUUGAAAUGCCAUCGAUUUUAUCGGUCACCUUAAAAUUCUUACUACAAUAUUUAUGGCUCACAACAUUUUACUGACGUCUCUGUUACAUGACACAAUGAUGAAAUACAUAGUUUAAACAAUAAACAAAAGUAGUUAACAUAGAAUCGUUAAAUUUUUCGUUUUCUAAAAUUUGUAUAUAUUGUAAAACAGGCAUCCGUGCAGUUAUACGAGUCAGGGUCAAGAUCUAGUUGAAUUUAAAAGGGUUGAUUUUCUCGUAUGUUACAUUAACAAGAUUAUCACAACUACUACGAAUAGUUGACCGAUGAAUUUUCAAUUUAAGUGUCAUGAUUACUCAUUAGUUAUUUCUCGUGAUUAACAGAUUUAGCGUAUUAAUUAUAAAUCUCCAGGUUAAAAGCAUUGUAAGUUGUACUAAUCCGUAACGUAUUCCCUUCCACUCAGUUUUUCAACGUGUACUCUGCCAAUCUGUUAUUUAUUGAUGAGAAUUUGACCAAAAAAAGUUUUUCUUAUGAGAAACAUGGUAUAACAGCGAAAUGUUUAACUAAACUAUAAAAUAAUAUAAUAUUUUUAAGAUGAAAAUUAUGAAAUAAUAUUUUACAGGGAUAAAUUUGUGGAAUAUCGCGUUUGAAAUUAUCUAAAUAAAAAUUUAUUAUAUUUAGAUUUUAUUGGAUUUAUUUAAAGAAAUUAAAAUAUUUAUAAUUGAGAUGAUUACUAUAAAAGAACAUAAAAAUGACAAAUGAUGUGAUAAACCCAAAUUCCAUAUGAAUCUUACCAAAUCAUUGUUGAUAUGAUCAAAUAAAGUAAGGUAGAGAAAAAUUAGUAAAUCAAGCGUGACAAGUACUCCCAUCAACAGAGUCCAGUAAACCAAAUAUAAUAAUAGAAAACAUACAAAUAAACAUAACUAAAGGAAAAAAAUCAUUUCUCCAUUUUUUUUGGGACAGAAAAAAAAUCAUUUCUCAUUUUUAAUCUUUUUGUAUGCAAAUAAAAACAGAAAAAAAAAUCAAGGAAUGAACGGUAAUUUACACUUGCUGUUACUUAUUUUUAUCCUCCAAAACAAUGUAAAAAGGAAAAAAGAAAAUCAAGCAAAGAUUAAGGUGAAGUCAGUUACUUUGUUGGGGAUAAAUAGCAACUUUUGUAGUUGGGGGUGACCUCUGUUGGACUUGGUUUGGUAGAGAGAAAAAAGUGCAGAAACCAUAUAAGAGAGUGCAUGCAGAAACGAUGAGCGAUUGAUUGUUUAGAAAUGGAGACACCGCAAAAAACUAUAAUCCAGAAUGGGACUGCAGUUUCUAAACUCAAAGUCAAGCUUUCCUGCUUUUGUUUUGUUUUUGUCAAUACUAAAAAAUUAUGUUUAUGUGAUGCAUUGUUUAUUUUUUGUGUGUUUCUGACAUCAAAGUCUUAUGUGAGGAGAUGCAGAACUCUCCAGUGUUCAACUACAUAAACAACCUAUCUCCAAUCAAACCUGUCAGAUCAAUCCCAAUCGCUCAAACCUUUGGCUCUCUCAGUCCUUCUGUCUACACUCCCCCUCACAAAGGAUCUCGUUUCAAAAGUCAUACUUACUUCUCCGACCCUGCCAAAGAGUUAGUAGAAGAAGCUUUACUUGAAACCGUACCGCCAAAAAUACUCAAGAAUGACUGCCUUUCUACUCCUCCUAGUAGAGCUGCUGCCAAUGAUGGUUCUUGUGGAGAUGGUAAGACCGAUCUGCAGAAGCUGUGUGACGGCAAUGUCAAGCGUAAAAGUGAUACUCCAGAUUGGGAAACUCAGUUUCCGGAUACUCCUGAAAUGUUGAUUUAUGAUACACUGAAUGAUUCGGAGGCUGAUAGAUGCUUCUUGCCGGCAUCAUCAGACCUUAAAAGACGUUCAUGUGGUGGUACAAAGCCAAGACUGGAGCCUGUUUCAAACAGCAAAGAGUUGGCAGAUGCUCUUCACCGAGGAGUAAGAAGACGCCUUCUAGACUUUGAGAUGCCUGACAACCAAACGUCAGAAAAAUCUUCAUCGAGUUGUGUAGUACCACCUAGCACUGGUCUGCAUCUUAACACCGCCUUUGCAAUGUCCUCUAAGGACACCAAUGAGUACUCAUUAUCCGCAAACAUUAAAGUCGGUUUGCAAAAUUCUACCCCUCCGGUUCUUCACUCACAUGACAUUUUGAGAGAAAACGAAACCGGGGAAGCUGCAGGACAAAGUGUAGUAGAAGAGAUUCAAAAGUCUUCUUUAGCUUUAGUAGAAAUGAAUCAAAGCAGUCCAAAGAAGAAGAGACUUAAGUCUGACCAAGCAGGAGAAGGAGAGUCAUCAUGUAAACGGUGCCACUGCAAAAAAUCCAAAUGUUUGAAACUUUACUGUGAAUGCUUUGCUUCUGGAGUUUAUUGCAUAGUUUCAUGUUCAUGUGUAGAUUGCUUCAACAAACCAAUCCACGAAGACACUGUCUUAGCUACUCGCAAACAGAUUGAAUCCCGGAAUCCAAUUGCCUUUGCUCCUAAAGUCAUUAGAAAUACUGAUUCUUCCAUCAUGGAAGCUGGUGUUGAUGCAAGCAAAACUCCAGCUUCAGUGCGGCACAAAAGAGGUUGCAACUGCAAGAAAUCAAACUGUGUGAAGAAAUAUUGUGAAUGCUAUCAGAGUGGAGUUGGUUGUUCCAUAAACUGUAGAUGUGAAGGAUGUAAGAAUGCAUUUGGUAAAAAAGAUGUGUCUUCAUUUGUUGGUAUGGAUAUCAAACAAGAUGGUGAAAGUAAAACAGGGCAAACACAACAGAACAACGAGUUGUUUAGUUAUGUGCCACUUCCACCUUCAACACCAAUGUCAUUAAGACAACCAUUGGCUCAACUUCCCAUCUCAUCCAACAACAUGCUGCUUCCUCAACAGUCUCAGCAACUUCAUGGAGCUUCUGGAUCUUUCUUAUACGAGAACCAAUCUUUCAGAAAACAAGGCAUGGGUUUGUUGUCAAGGACUGAGACAAUCACAGAGGAUAUUGAGAAUGUUAUUCCAUCUCCAAUAACUAACAUCAAUACAGUGUCUCCCAACAGCAAAAGGGUUUCCCUGCUUCAUCUUGAUCCACCAGUAUUGACUCCAAGGAGAAGAAAUGGUGAGAGGAAGCUGUUACUGUCAAUUCCAGCUUUUCCUUCUCUCCCUCCACACCAUUAAAAAUAUUCUUUGAAACUGUUUCUGAUGUCAACAUCUAGUUGGUAGUUUUAACUUACACAGCAACAACAUACACAAAACUUUUCUAGUAGUUUAGUGAUAGCACAUUUCAUUUGUGUAUCCAAAGGUUGUUUUUUUUUUGUCACCAAUCCAAAGGUUGUUUAAUUUAUCCUUUUCAACAGAUGCUAAGUAGUUUUGGACUGGUUUGAUAUAGCAAAGGCUGUUUAAUUUCCAAAGGUUAUUUAAUUUAUCUUAUUUGAUUUAGCAAUUUUCGACUGGUUUUAAAUAUAUUUAUAUAUACUAUCACAAAUUGUAAAUGGAAAAUUAAUAUUUUCUAUGAAAAAUGAAGAAAUUAUAUUUUAUAGCGGAAAGUUAUGUUUUUCAAACUGUUGUAAAUCCACUGUAACAGUAGUUUGGAAAUUAUAUUUUUGAAGAAUUAGGCAGACAAAUCUUAAAAGAAAAACUCUUGAGAAAACAAACAUUUACACCAUUUCCACGCUAGCCAAAUGUGUAAAAUUUUAUAAACUAUUUUAUAAAAUUUAAAUAACUCUUUUUAGUAAUAUUGUUAUUAUCUAUUUAAAAUGUGACUAUUCUAAAUAAAUAUUAUUUAUUCAAAAUAGUAAGGUAGUUUUGACAACAAUAUAACUAAACUAUCAUAUAUGUUCUAUCGGUUCAGAGAACCAAGCUGGAAGUAUAGAAUCGAUAUAAAACAGAGCGGUAGGGGAACACUUAUCACCUUAUGCCAGCUUGUCCGUCACUAGAUUUUGAGCCUUUUGAAAUAUAUCGGAUCUUGAAAGAAGGAAAGAAAAACUUGCUGCACUGGAACUUCUCCAAGUGUGUAGUAAAAGAUGGUAAUUCUUCAGGUGAUGAUACCAUCUUCACCAA